AGAGAUAUCCUGUGAGCCGAGGAGCUUUGCAAUCGCUGAACGAUAUGUCACAAAGAGACCGAACACAAGACUCUGAGCAGAUCUACAGGAUUUGCGACUGCGGCUGGUCAAAGGUUGCAACAUAUGCUGAUCUGAAAAUCCACCAGGUUGAGACGGGUUGCACACCUAGUUUGAAUGUUAACCAACAGAACUUGUCUCAAAAUGUGGGACUCACAAACAAUCAAGAGGACCUCUUGGUGGGUGUUUCCACCCUGUGGGACUCUUCUUCUUCAGCUAUGUCUCAAAGAGACUCAACACAAGACUUUGACCUGACUCUGAGAAGCCACCAGACUGACUUGGGUUGUAGACCAAGGUCGAAGGUUAGACUGCAGAACUUGUCUGAAAAUUUGGGACUCACAAACAACCAAGAGGACCUUUUCCCGGGUGUCUCCACCCUGCGGGCUGAUUCUUUCUCAGCUACGCCUCAAAGAGACCCAACACAAGACUUAGACCUGACUUUCAGGUUUGGUGCCUGGUCCAAUCAGAGUGAACAGCAGAACUUGUCCAAAAAUGUGGGAUUCACAAACAACCAAGAGGACCUUUUGCCAGGUGUUUCCACCCUGGGGGAUGCAUCUUUUUCACCUAUGUCUCAACGAGACCCAACACAAGACUUAGAGCUGAUCCCCAGGGCUUGCUACUGCGGCUGGUCCAAGGUAGCAACAUAUCAUGAUCUGAAAAGCCACCAGGCCGACAAGGGUUGCACACCGAAGUCAAAGGUUAAACAGACUGAACAGCAGAACUUGUCUGAAAAUGUGGGACUCACAAACAAUCAAGACGACAUUCGGGCUGCAGACAUGACCUCGGCUCAAGCAUCACCAGGCGAGGCCCUUUCACUGGAGCAGCAGCUGACUUGCCCCAUUUGCAUGAAUCUGUUUCUGGAUCCUGUCACUACAGCUUGUGGCCACUCCUUUUGUAAGGGCUGUCUGGACUACAACUUUCAGUCCAAUGAUAGGCAGUGCCCCUUGUGCAAGCAGAUCCUGAGGAGAUCACCAGAGGUUAGCAUCGUCCUGAGAAGCAUCGCCGAACAGAUGAAAAAGAUCCCGCCGAAGGUGGAGGAUCAGCCCAGUUUGGCGCCAGGUGAGGUGGCCUGUGACAUUUGCGCAGAGCCAAAGCUGAAGGCCGAGAAGUCCUGCCUUGUGUGUCUCGCCUCGUAUUGUUUGACCCACCUGCAGAAUCACUCUUCGACCAAAAGGCUGAAGGGCCACAAGCUGGUGGAGCCUGUGGAGGACCUGGAUGCGAGGGCCUGUCUCCAGCAUGGACGCCCCUUGGAGCUGUACAGCAGGAAGACAGGGAAAUGCAUCUGUGCUCGCUGUUUGGAAGAAGGUCAGGAGGAGGUUGUUUCUACUGAGGAGGAAUGCGACACAAAGAAGGCCAAAAUUCAAAACACAAAGGCAGAUUUACAAGAGCAAAUAAAGAAGAGAAAACGACGGGUGGUUGAGAUUAAUAAAGAGCUAAAGAGCUGCAAGGACCAUCUGGAUAAUGAGUGGUGGGAUAUCGAUGCCGUGUUUACGACUGUGAUUAACAUCAUGGAGGAGGCCCACGCGAGCGCUCUCAAGCCACUCAAGGAGAGACGGGAGGUUUUGGAGAAAGAUGCAGAAGACAUCAAAGACAAGCUGGAAGCGGAGAUCGACAGGCUUGAGAAAACCAUCUCUGAGCUGGACGACAUAUCUGCGCUUGAGGAUCACGUCCUUUUCCUUCAGAGGUACCCAUCUCUUCGAGACCCUGACGACCACAAAGACUCGACAAAGGUGGAGCUUGACACAUCUCUGACCUUUGGCACCAUGAGGAAAACCACAACGGCCAUGUUGGAACGGAUUCAACUGGAACUGGAGACGCUGGCCUCCACUGAACUUCAGAGAAUUCCGAAGUUUACAGUGGACGUGAAGCUGGAUCCAACCACCGCGCACCGACGCCUCAUUCUUUCAGACGAUGGGAAAGAAGUAACAGAUGGAGGGGUCGACCAGGAGGUAGAUGAUUCCCCGGAGAGGUUUGAUUUCUUUGCAAGCAUCCUGGGGAUCAACCAGUUGACUACUGGGAAGUCCUACUGGGAGGUGGAGGUCAGCAACAAGAUGGGAUGGGACCUGGGCGUGACAACCGGCGACGCAAACCGCAAGGGGAAACUUACGCUGAAUCCAGACAAUGGCUACUGGGUCACCGUGCAUUAUGAGGAGGAAAACUAUGCAGCGAUGACAGCACCGCCAGUUCGUCUUCCCCUGAAAAAGAAACCUCAGAAGGUGGGAGUGUUCGUGGACUACGAGGAAGGCCUCGUGUCCUUUUACAAUGUCACGGCUCAAUCUCACAUCUUUUCGUUCACCGGCUGUUCAUUCGGUGACGAUCUCUUCCCGUAUUUCAGUCCACACGCAAAAAAGGAUGUAGAUAACUCUGAUCCAUUGAUUAUUACUGCUGUGAAACAUGGUGAGCGGGACAUGGAUAUUUCCUGAAGAAUCUGUGGUUCUCUAUCAUCUCAAGACUAUCUCUCCACUCUGUUACAUAUUUCAUAUAUACAAGAUAGCCGGAGAGAUAGUCUCUCUACUCGGAGAACCACGGUUACAACGUAACCAUAUGUUUUGGGGUCCCGAUUUCUAGGCAGUUUAAAAGUUGUGUUUGGUAGAUUGUGGAGGAGGGAUCCUGACGUUUGAAGCUAAGUGGAUUGGGAACAAAUAAUCACAAGUUGUAGAAUAUUUGAAAGAAAUCUGGGUGGAAGUUUGCAUAAAGAGUAUUCAACAAGGUGUUCUGAUAUAUACAAACAGGGCCUAAGGGAGUAACAAUGCAGAAAAGGUACACGACUAGUUUAACUACUUUUCCCAGAAUCAUUACUAUAGUGUACACUGUAAAUAGAAACACAAUCGCCAAAAACGGUACAGAACCGUGAGUUAUUUUACAUAUAAUUACUUAUAAUAUAUAAUAUAAUACACAUAAAAUACAUUAAAUAUCUGUAUUUUUAAAAAUAUCUGUAGAAUAACUAAAGUUAUUUUCUAAUAUAUAUAUAUAUAUAUAUAUAUAUAUAUGUAUAAAGGUAGGUGGGGUUUCUUUUUUACAAUCAUACAUUCAAUUUAAAGUUUUAUAUAGAAAUACAGUUAAUUUUACAUUCAGCAAUAUGUGAAUUUUUCUUUUUCUUUUUUACAUAGAAUUAACUGAAAUUUAAUAUUCAAGACCAUUAAGCAAUUGAAUAAUACUGUUAAAAAACAACAACAAUGUCCCCUUAUAUAAAUUUACAGAUUUGAUCUUACAUUUUAUGGUAAAUUAUUGUACGUAAGGUAAUUUACUUGUUUUUUAUGGCAUUUGCACAUACAAAACAACAAGAAAAAUCCCUGUGAAAAAACACAGUAAAAUUCUGUAAUAUAUAUUACAGUGUAGUUAUACCCAAAAUAUGGAAACAUUUUAAUCAGCAAGACGUCUUUUGCAUUAAGUGGCAGAGUUUUGCAGUGUUGUAUUUAAAUACAGCACAAAUGAUGAGUGCUAAUG